AUGAACUCUCUUUGGUCUUCUCCCAACGACAACGAGGAAGAAGAGGAGAUUACUGUACCUGAUCCUAACUCGAUUCCUGCUGAUUCCGGAAUGGUUGAUGCGGCAGGUGCCAUGGAAGGCGGAGACAAGGAGAACGAUGAUGAUGACCCAGACGACGACCCAAAGAAUAAGAACGAUGAUGAUGAUGAUGCUUGGAGUGAGUCUCCCAGCAACUUUGACUUUUCCAUUUCCAGUAUGGAUAUGAGCGGUAUCCGCAACAACGCCAUGCAGUAUGUGGCUUUUGAGGCCAUGUACAGCGCUGCCUAUGACAUGGUGUAUGGCGCCUGUACUUGGCCCAGGCUCCUUCUCAGCUACUGUCUAGGCAUGUUCGGCUUCUUGCGAAAGAAGAACAACGACGCUGAUGGACCGCUGCCACCUGAGGACAACAAUCACGUGCAAGACAUGGCUGUAGCAGCUUCCCAAUCAGCAGCCAUUGGAAUAGGAGCAGAGUCAUGGCAAGUCAGUCGGCUGCUGCAGGAGUUGGGGCAUCAUCCAUGA